AUGGCGCCAAGCUCAGAUGAGAUCAAAGCUGCUCCUCGCUACACAGAUGACGUCGAUUUCGCUGAUAAACAACACGCCGAGGUCGAGGACAAAUUCGAAGUCUUCAAACGCGGCGAUGGGCAAGUGGAUUUCCGGACCGUGAGCUGGAUACGAGCUUCGGUGAUCUUCCUGAAGAUCAUCUUUGCCACGGGAGUCCUGUCCAUUCCAUCCUUGAUGUACGAGCUCGGUGCUUUCCCAGGCGCCGUGACAGUCGUAGGCUGGAGUCUGCUGAACACAUACUGUGCACUGGUGCAAGGCAACUUCCGCAAUGCCUACCCAGGCUGCCAUUCGAUCGCAGACAUGGCGCAGGUCGUCGGUGGACCGGUCGUGAAAGAACUUGUCGGUGUCCUGUUUACAGUAAGUUAUGUCAUUGUCGCGGCAUCGGGUAUCAUUGGUGUGUCGACGGCAUUUAAUGCCCUUUCGCUGCAUUCUGUCUGUACCGCCUGGUUCUCGUUCGUUGCAACGGUCAUCAUUGCCAUGUGUGCGAGUGUGCGCAAGUUCUCACACAUUGGGUGGCUCACGUGGAUUGGUUUUGGGAGUGUCUAUGUGGCUGUUUUCAUCAUUGUAAUCGGUGUAACAACGCGUGAUCGACCGGCUGCAGCACCACAAACCGGUGACUUCGACCUUGGAUACCGAGUCAUCGGCGAUCCCAGCUUCACAACAGGGAUCACGGCGGCAGCAACGAUCUUCGUUUCCAGCGCUGCAACCUCCGCCUUCCUCCCCGUGAUCUCAGAGAUGCGCAAGCCAAAGGACUACCCCAAGGCCGUGUAUCUCAGCAUGAGUCUGGUGACAGCAUCCUACCUUACCUUCAGCCUGGUAAUCUACGCCUGGUGCGGGAAAUGGAUCGCGUCGCCAUCACUCGGAAGCGCCGGCGAGACCGUCAAGCGAGUUGCAUACGGGAUAGCAUUGCCGGGUCUCAUCAUCAGCGGAUGUCUGUACGUGCAUGUCGCAGCGAAGUAUCUCUUCGUGCGGAUACUGCGGAAUUCACGACAUCUGCAGGCUAAUACCGCCGUGCACUGGGGGACGUGGUUAUCGUGCACGAUUGGGAUGGCGGCAAUUUCGUUCGUCUUGGCGUGUGCCAUCCCUAUCUUCAAUUAUGUACUGGCGCUGGUAGGAAGUCUGUGCUUUGCACCUCUGGCGCUUAGCUUGCCGGGGUGGUUGUGGCUGCAUAGCCACCGGGAUUAUUGGAGGGGAAAUAUAACCCGAGUGGUGCUGUAUGGGUUCCACGUGUUCCUGAUUCUGUUGGGACUGUUUAUGGCAGUCGGUGGGACAUAUGGAGUUAUCGUGCAGAUCAACCAGGCUUAUGCUGAUGGAGAGAUUUCUUCUGCAUUCUCUUGUGCUGAUAACAGUGGCUCGUGA